AUGUCGUCGGAGUAUUCUGUCGAAGUGAUGGUCACAAAAUGCACCGAUGAUGAUGUCAUGGAAAACAUUCAUUUCCUCGCACUAUUAGAGGAUCAGGCAGGUGUACAUUUCCACACAGUGCCCGUCAAUGUCACCGCGUCAGAGUUCUCUAGAGCCAGAUCUUGCAAUGCUCUGACCGAACGGGCAUGCAUUUCAUCCAACUGCUAUUUCACAAUGAUUGAUGUGGACCUGGAGAUCGAUGUAGAUUUCUUCAAGAACAUGGUUUCUUAUUUGACUUCCAACAAAGUUAUAUAUUAUCCCAUCUUGUUUUCUGAAUACGACCCCACUGCAGUGAGAGCAGCAGAAACAGUUUUCGGCAAGCUUGGAUCAUACGACCACCAUCGAGGCAUGUGGAGAGAAACUGGAUUCGGUAUUUAUGCUAUUUUAGGCACUGCUGUGCGAGAGCUUAGAAUACAAAAACGAGUUUCGUCAAAAUGGGGAGGCGAGGACGUUGAACUGCGGAACCUUGUCGAAGAGAGAGGUUUUAACCUGAUUCGGGAGAGAGAACCGGGUUUAAUUCACAAAUGGCAUGACAAAAUAUGUACAUCUGAGUUUGUUGAGGCCGAUUAUCUUGCGAGAUGCCAAUAUGCAAGGUACAUGGUAUCUGGAUCGGAAAUCAUUCGAGGCAUCAGAAGUGAGAAUCCUGACUUUUUCGACUAUCUCGUAUUCCUCCCAGAAGGUCCAAAACGAUCGACGAAAGAAGGUCUGGAAUGGGUUGCCUUUGCAAGAGCAAGCUACGAACAACAGAACGGAAAUGGUGUAGUGGAGGAAGACGACAGUUCUGACUAG